AUGUUUACGGCAGUGGCUUCCAACGCCACGACAAUGCAACAACAACAACAACAACAACAGCAAUUCGUCAACGGUACCGAUUCGCGGAAUGACGACGUGCACCGCAACGUCGAGACUCACGGCCAAACGGGAGAGACCCAAGAAACGACAACACCGGAACGGACGAUUGUACCCGAAGGCAAAUACGAGGCGAGCGGAACUGCGGCUUUGGCUGAUGCCAAAGAGCCGUAUCAACAGCCACAAACCCGGAUAGGCGCAUCCUCCGAGACGGAUACCACUCUGCCCAGCGACUUGCGGAAAAUUCUGGAACAAGUCGCGGAGACCGGUUCGUGCCACUGGUUGUCGUGGAACCAUAGUAGCCAUCAAAGCAAUAUCGGUGUGGGUCUCGAUACCGGUACUACGAACGGCAAUCCCAUGCCCCACACCACCCCGGACGGGAACUCUUCCACUGCACCCGACACCACACGCACGACUCGCCCCCACCCGAGCACGUCCGCAUCUCUGUACACCGCCCCGCCCCUCUUACGCCCACCAACGGCAUCGAUGCCCGCAUCAACCGCACACCUAACAGCGGGACACGUACGUCCCACGCCGCUCUAUCCGUCGGCUUCCUCAUCACAACCAGCCCGCAAAAAACCUCGCAACGGCCUGCAAGCAUCGAGACCACCGCCACCCCAACGACGGUUCGAUGGGACCGUGGCGGCGAGUAAAACGACCACCUCGACCGCGGGCGCGCGCAAGCGUCCACUCUUUCUGAUCCGCACCAGCAGUUCCGCUUCGGCGACCAGCAGUAUCUUCUCACCCGGAUCCGUCGGGAGUGGACGGACCUCCGGAAGUGAACCGGAAGACACAUCGCAGUACGAGUGCGAUUCCGAAGGAACGUCGGCCACAUCCAAUAGCGAGAUUUCCAUGGAACGGAGGGAACGGAAUCGACGAAAGACGGCAGCACUAGCCGCAAACCAAUUGGCGACAACACGAAUUAAUGCCCCUCCGGCUGAAGCACCGCCCAAUCUCAACUACAAGAGUCUGCGGGAAGCGAUGCGAACGGCCUUGGGAUUGGUAUUGGAUCGCUGGUAUAAAUCGCGCGGUGGGUACAAGCUUUCGUUUGCCGAGCAAAAACGAAGCCGAGUGUCCGGCAAUCAUACUUCGUCAUCCAUGGAAAAGGCUGAUUCAAACACAGUGCCGACUACAAGUGGUGACAAUGGGAAGGAAGGGCGAUCCGCAGAAGUCAUUUUUCAGCAACGAAAGCAUCGGCUAAUGAAUAUGCUGGGUCCGAGACUGGACAGCAAGGAUACCGAAUCGUCCAAAACGCCAGCAGAAAACGUCCCGGACGACGACGGUCCCCCGUUUACUAUACAACGAAUUGCGGAAGUCCUACUUGCUCCGGAACGUUGUUAUACUCAGACUCAUAAACUUUGCAACUGUUUGGAAAAGUUGCUUUUGGUAGCAGCUUCCACGAGGGCAUUUGGGGGUAGUACGGGUGGUGUUACAUUUCAAAGCCAACGGGAAGAACGAGAGCUCGCCGCUCUGGGCCAAGAGAAAAAUCGACUGCUAUCCAGUUUUCGACAAAAAAGAAUUCGAAGGAGGGCGUCGUCCUCGUCGGACGAUGUGCAUGUAGAGCGCGGCGAAGCCGCCCAUGGUGAUCGACAAGGCGAUGCCGACAACAGUAAAGUUCAGAAGGCACAAAUGCUCGGAAGCGUUGCUGAUCGUAUGAACGGCAACGCUGGGGAUUUGGAAGAUUUGUCGGGAGCGGUAGAUUGUUCUGAAGAAUCGGUUCGGGAAAUGUUAGAAGCGGCAGCUCGAGCAUCCUUGCGGACGAAGUUUGACCAUGUUGGGAUCGAUCCUCAUUCAUCGGCACUGGCAAACCGGGAUCCGAGGUCGAUUGCGGAAAACCGUGGAAUGACCAAUUCUCCCCCUCCCCCAAAUGUAAGCAUGGCCACCCUGCCUGGCCAUUCCACAUUACUAAGGAACCAUACGCAUUCUGAUCAAGAUCUCGCCCAUGUCGCGCGAGCGCCUUCUCCGAUCCGUUUCAGUUCUCUUAGCGAGACCUCGUCUCCACCAUCGAUGCGAACACUACACACAAAUCCGAAUAUGCAUCUUUUGCAGAUUAACCAUGCUGCAGCUUUGGCUGGUGUUUCGCCAUUUGAUCUCGUGGCGUUGAACGGAGGUACCGAUGGUUCGGGAACAAUAUCCGUGGGGGCUACCGCCCAUGUAGCUGCCAGCGCUUUGAAGGAGGCUGAUUUGGAAAGUCGAUCGUCCGCGUCUUCUGACGUCGACUCGGAAUCGGACGAUAUUUCGUUGGACGAUUCGGCGUCCGACCGCAGUGACGGAUCAGAUUCUGGUCACAACGAACAUUUGUCAGCUGCUAGAGCAAUGGCGUUAAGCCGCAUGCAACAGCAACAACGAUUGCAGAGCCGUAUGCAAAUUUCGCUGGGGAACUAUCAUCAGAGUGAAGGUGUUCGGCCUCCAGCGGAUUCUGAAUAUCAGAGCGGCGACAGUAUCGAUUCGAUGAGAGCCGAAGAUUCGGGCGGGAGUGAUUCAUCCUCAUCCGACGUGGCAGACUGAAAAUUUGUGACGGUUUCUAUCUUCAUCUCUCGUCUCCCACGUGUUGAGAUGAAGCGUAUUUUAAACAUUACUAUUAGUACGGCUGUAAU